GCAACGUAUCAACUCAAACGACGCAGACAUUUGACGCUUAACUCUUCAGAACAUUGAAUUUAUUUGAAAGAUUGAAUGUUCAAAGCUCCAACCGUCGACCAGCAAAAGAUGGAAUCGUCAGGAAUAAGAAAUCUGUCUUACAUUCAGCAAAUAAUUAACGUGGUGCAAAAGGAACUUGCUCAGUUUUUCAUUAAACAAUGGAACUCUCGUUACAAAUCAACUUAUGGAGAAUGGGAUGAUACACACAUCAGUGGUAACAAAUUUUACAAUUUAGAAUCAAGAAGAAAGUUAGACCAAAAAACUCGACAAAAAUAUCAAGAUGGAGAUACCAGUAAGUGGGACUGUACGAUAUUAUUUGAUGCAAUAAUUUUUUCAAAUUCAAUUGGAAAGCACCUUGACAAAAAAACAAAGGAUGCUGUUCAUGCACUUCGUUGUGAAAGAAACAAGUACGCACAUUGGUAUGAAAGGGAAUGCUCAGAUGAUGAUUUUGAUGAUAUAGUCAACAUCAUUGAAAAAUCAUUUCAAGAUUUGAAAUUUUCUCUCGAUGAAAUCAAUAAAAUAAAAAAUCAUCGUGACAGUUUUGAUUUAUUUCAAGUUCUUCCUUCAAAACCUAAUCAUUUUUUCGUUGAACGCUCUGAAUUACGAGAUAAAAUUAUAAAAGAUCUUGAAAAAUUAAGGAAUGAUAACAAUGAUAAACUGACAUAUUUUUACAUCACUGGUAAUCCUGGCAGUGGUAAAUCACAACUUGCAAGACAGGUUUGUGAAAAAAUAUCGUGUGAUUGGAAAAAUAGAACUUCGUUUGUAAUGACUCUCGAUGGAAAAAAUGAGGAAUCUCUUUUAAAAACUUACUGUGAACUUGGAUACCGUUUAAACUGUGACAAGUAUAUGAUUAAAAAAUUUGAAGAUGAAAAUUGUUCCAUCGCAGACAAAGUGAAGAAUUUGCGAUCGUUAGUAUCCACACGAUUAAAAUUCUGGCAAAAUUGGUUGAUCAUUGUAGACAACGUGGCACAGCUCAGCAAAAUUUCUUCAUUACUCCCCCAAGUUGGUGAUCCCAUGUGGAUAAAUGGACAAAUCAUAGUAACUAUCCAGAACACAGAUGCCGUACCUCAAGACGAUGAGUUUAACAAACAUAUUUCUAUCAGAAGUGGAAUGAAUGAUAAAGAAUGUUUUCAACUGUUGAAUAUUACACUGAUGAAAUGA